AUGGACUAUGUUGAAUGCGUUACCUUCUCAUUAGAAGUGGGUGUCUUCUUUUUAUUACAAUCGUUCUGGAAUUACCUUUCAAACACUGUCGCCAAAAAGAGUUUUAUGAGUUCAUUUGAGUUCAAAUUUUACAUUGUCUGGGCACUUGCUAGCAUGGCCAUGUUUCCUGUCCUUCAAUGGGUUUACAGAAAUGACAUAUCGAAAAGAGAAGCUAUUCCUCAACUUGCUUAUGGAGUUGAAGACAUGAAUAUUGCUAUUUCUAUUGUUUUAGCAUCUUAUGCUAUUUCUGUCAUUAUUCUCUGUAUUGAUGGUUUGACCUCUAUGGUGAUCAAUACCAACAAAUUUGCUGUUGAUUGUCUCAUGGCCAAUUUAAAUGUUUGUGUCAUCUUCCUCUGGCUUUGUUUGAUCUCCAUCUUCCACUCCCGACCUCAAUAUUCUAAAGCAGCUACUGAAUCUUCUAACAGUAGGUCGAGUUUCCAAUACUCUAACAAUCCUCGUACACAUCAAGCCUCUGAAUUUAAAAGCAAGAACACGACUUACACUAUUGAUGAAACUACCAAAGGCAUGGAUGAUCUAUCUCCUGAUGGCAAAUACAUCGUAUCUGGCACUAUUGAAGAUCCUUAUAGCAACCAACCUGUCAUGUUCUCUAUGAUGGAUUCAUCUGCCAUAAAACAACAAAAGCAACACCAUGUUCAAGUCAAUGAUAUUCCAUUGCAAGGCAUGAGUCCACACAGUAUGUCACCUCCUCCUCCUCCCUCAAUGCAACACCAUGAUAGUUUUCGAGUUGACAUGCAUCCAAACUAUGAGCCCAUAAGUCCAAACAGAGCUCGUCCUUCAUGGGAACAUAGUAUGUCGCAGUCUGGUCAAGAUCAGAUAAUAGACGAUUGGUUAUGGCAAUCACCCGAAAGAAGAAAUCCUUAA